AUGUUACCGUUGGUUUCAUUUCCAUCAUUAAAAACUAUUGAAGCACAAACAACCAGAUGUGAAAAUGAAUUUAUACUUAGUGGUGAAGUUAUAGUUGGUGAUGAUCUUAUAGUUGGCGAUGAUCUUAUAGUUGGGGAUGAAACUGAAGUUGUAGUUAGAAACGAUACUGAUGUUGAACAUGAAAUUCAAGUUAUUAAUGAACCAUCAUGCAAUGAAUCAUUAAGUUCUAAAAACGGUCAAAAUAAGAAUUCAUCAAUUGGUGUUAAAGAAUGUUUAAGUAAGAAAGUAACAUCUGUUCGUUCUAACCAUCGUACAAAAUACAAACAUUCUUGGGAACUAAUAACUGAUGCACAAUACAAAACGUAUAUAUUUGAUCAUUGUCGUGAACGACAAGAAAAGUUCUCAUGUUGGUUGUAUUACAUGAAUAACUCGAUGCAUUGCACACUGAAAAAAAACGGUACGACACCGAACCCAAAAGGAUGUUUUGGACUAAAAAAAGGUUUCGUGCAUAAUACGGAACCCAAAAGGAUUUCGAUUUCGUUUCAAUUCUCUGAACCCUUUUAGGUUUCGCAGAUAGAACUACGAACCCUACCACCCGACAAACUCAACAAACGAAGU